GUCCGUUAAUGGCGUCCGGCGGGUAGUAGGUCUCCUGCUGCAUCUCCUUGUGGAGGUUCCCCCCCCCCGGGUGGUGAGGGGAGGCGGGCAAAAGGGUCGGGGCAGGGGGCGUUUCGGGGUGGGGAGCGGGAAAACAAAGAGCAGGUUCCGCCGCCGCCGUCAGCGCCAGCGCGGCCAGGUGGUGAGGAGGAGAGGUGCUUGGGCUUCCUGCUGCCAUGGGGGCACAGGAUCGGCCUCAGUGCUUCUUCGACAUAGAAAUAAAUCGGGAACCAGGUAAGAGUUGGAGGGGCUCAGAGAUUGCUGUAUGAUUGAAAAGAUGUUUGAAUUAGGUCAAGCCCUGAAACAGAAGUAUGUGCAGCCAGUGUGUUCCGUCUGUGGGCCGGAUUGAGAAGGCGAUUGGGCCACAUCCAGGCCACGGGCCUUAGCUUGCCUACCCCGGUCUAGAUAGAUGACUGCCAUAUUUCACAUUACUGUGGAAUUGUCUUUCUCCCGCUCUGUGCAGCACUCUGAAUAUGUGAUAGGCUUUGUUAAUUUUUAGCCGUGUAUUGGGAAAUUGUUUCAAAAGUCACAUGUGGUGUCUUAAGCAUUUUAAUAUCAAUAGAUAAACUGAACCAAUGUUAUAGGGUAGUGUAGUAAAAGCCUGUCUGUACCGUAAUCCCUGUGAGAUGAGAGAGCUUUGAACGAAUGAGUGGCGGGGUGGGGGAUAAAAAUAUACAGCGGGAUAAGGAAGGAUUUGAAUUUGAGAAGGGUUGAUAGGGUAGGGUUUAAACACUUGUAUGUUAAAAACUCUUUGUGUGUAUUGUGAGAUGCAGGAGUUAAUUUAGAAAUCUGCUGGGGGUAAACUCCAGAACCUCUCAGUGUGAUAGGAUGAACAAAUAUUGUAAAUUGAGAUACAGCGACUCCCCACUUACACGGGGGUUAUAUUCCUGGGUGUACGUGAAAUUGCAUCUAGUGGGUUCAGUUUCGGGUGAGAAUGAGAAAAACAAAUUUCCUGGAUGCCUGCCUCUGGUCCACCCACUUUUAUUUAUUAUUUUGCCAAGUGCAUAACGCUGAACACGCCCAAGUUGAUGCCUAUACUGUAUAUGUAAUUUUGAGGAUGCAUGCUAAUCCCUAAAGAGUAUGUGUUUGCUCUCAUGGCCAGAAGGGAAAGCAGAAUCAUGCAAAACGUUAACAAGUGAUUCUUCACUAUAUUUAUACCCCAUUUCUCAGACAAAGGUCUCAAAAAGUAAAGUUUAUUAAGGCUAUUUAGUCAUGUUCUCUUCUGGUCUCUGGCAGUCAAGUUUCUCGGUUGUUCCCUCUUGGUGGGAGGCGACAGGGGAAGCUGCUGAUAUUCCAUCAGGUGGAAUAUUUAAAAAAGAACAAAGCACACAACCGGUACUGUGAUAUUCUUGGUUUUCUAACCACAGGAAUCUCUGGCGUGUACUGUUCAUUCUCCUUCACACAGAGUGCUAUAGGAAUGGAUGAAUGAUCUGUUCUUAGUCAAUAUGUUUUGGAACUCUGCUUUUAGUCACAUCUGGAAGGCAGUCUUGAGCUGUCCUUGUUGAGUAGCUGAAGUUAGUAGUGUAGCUUAGGGAAAUGAUGAUAACCAGUAUGUGGGGAAAGUGGGCAUCAUUAUUUUGUAUUUGUAACUCCCUACUAUAGACACCUCAGCUUGCUAGACUGUCCAGAUUUCACAGUAGUAUGUGCAGUAUGGAUUAAUGAUCUACGUAUACAGAUGUCUGAAACAUUCUUGCUAAUCUUUAAAAGACAAGUGAAAAUUUACCAGAAAUAUCAGGCCUUCAGAAUCAUCUAUGCUGCUCUGGAUUUUGCUCAGUGUCUUGUUUUAUUGUUACUACUUUUAAAGUAUUUGGAUAUUGAUUUGAUUUUUAAUGGCUAUUUUUGCUUAUGUGGUUGCAGUAGUUUCUUUUUUUUACUGCUUCAUGCACUUUUAAUGGAUCAAACAUUAUACAUUAGAAUAAUAAAACAGGGAUUCAGCACUUUUUCUGUUUGGUGGUAAUAUUCUUUCAAAAAACAUUUUUAAGUUCUUCAGUAUGUAGUGGUUUAGGGUGGAAAGGGAAGCAUCCUGCUCAAGGAGCAAGAAGCAUUAGAGGGAGCAGGAUUUAGUGACGUAUACUUGACAGGAAAUCUAAGUAAGGGAAGGGACGGAUUUCAGAUGAGACUGUCCAUCUCUCCACUUUGACUUGCCUACAGUAGAAAAUAAAUGGAUUUUACUGGCAUGUAAAAUGUUCUAAUUACCAUAGUGCUAAAUUGGAUCCUUUAAGAGUAGUCUUAGUGGUGUUAGUAUCUCAUGUCAUCUGCAUGUCAUUGUAAGAAAAUUAAAAGAUAUAAAAGGCUACUUCUAAAUUGUGUGUUCUCAGACUUCAUGUGAGUGAGUGCCUAGUAUAACUUUAUUAUAGCAGCUGAGGGAAGUGGCAGAGUGCACAGGGAUUCAUAUUUCAGAAUUGUAGAAGCAAUUAGUUGAUCAGGGUUUUCUAGUGCUUCAUAGAUUACUGUUCUGAGUCUGUUCUAAAAGUAUGCCACACGAACUGACUAGAACAUGUAUUAAAUCUUUUUUCUUUUUUUAAAAAAGGAAAGGGCACUGUUUCAAAUUAAGUUAUAAAGAAGGGCCUCUCUAAAAUCAAUAAUGUAUAGUUGAUGUACUCCUCCACCUACCCUCACAUUUACUUUAAUGUUCAAAGUAUUUCUAAGACUAUACGGCCAGUAAUUUAAAAGUAGUGGUGUGAAUUUUUUUUCCAAGUAGUGAGAAAGGCUUUUCUGUAUUUGGUGCAUAGUACUGAGGAAUAAAAUAUUGCUGAGUGGAAAGUUCCUUAUCUUUGUUGGUGGGGAAGAAUGAUAUGAGAUGGGCAACACCCAGGCUUAGUUCACACAAGCAUCAGAUGACCAAAUGAGGCAAAAUACCUUGUCCGUGACCUGUGUGUUUUCUGUAUGAACGGAUUUUGCUUGUCAUUUGUUCUUGGUGUGGAGAAUAUUCAGUCUUAUGAGGCCUCUCUUGCAGUUGCAGUUGCAACUUAAAAGAAGUUACCUCUGCAUCAGGAAGGACUAAGCUUUACUUUUCUCUUCAUGUGGAGGUCUUUUUUGUGAACGACUCUUACCUGUUUAAUAUACACUUGAUAAGUCUAUAAUUCAGAUUUUUUUUUUUAAAAAAAAACCCUACCUGAGAUACUGAGAUAGUAUGAUAUUUUUCCCACAUGCUUUCUCCCGUUGAAAAUGCCUAUGAUGUUACUCAAGUCAUUUUGGGGGGGGGCAUUUCACUUCCACAUAGGUGAAUGUUUGAAGCUGUAAGCCUACCUUCCUGCCACUUGUGAAAAUCCUUUAACCCUCCUCUCCUUGCUGCCAGGAAUCUGCACAACUGGGAAGAGAUAGAAGGGUAGAAUGAGUGUAAGCUAAUGGCUCCUGUUGGGGACAGCAACACAGAAUCUGCCCACUCUUCACAGGUUUAUCCAAAGCUCCACUGCAGGGUAACAGUAUGAGAAGUCAUAAGUGUCUUUCCCUUUCUAAUGCCAAUAUACUUAUUGGCAGGGUGAGGAGGUUAUAGAGGAGCCAACAAAGGCAGGUAAAGGCAGGUCCUAGGUCACGAAUCCUACUCAUUCUUAUUGUCCCCUGACUCACAGGACACAUGUAGGCUAUAGUAGGCUGUGCAGUUACCUGCUGUUAUUAACAUUCACUGAAGCACUUGCAUUUGCAUUUUUUCAAGCUUCAAGUAAUGCACAAAUGAAAAAGUUGCUUUGCUGUUAAGUACUACAAUACCAAGAGCUCUUGAAAGCGACCUAUAUAUUAGUGCGUUCUAAAGGAAGUGAAGAUGUUCUGGAAGAAAAAUACCUUGUCGUAGGUGCUUACCUGGGCUCUUUUUUCCCUCCACUACCUAAGCCUGUUGUGUACUAAAGGAUAACAGAUAAUAACUUGGAUCGAUAUUAGCCCUGUAUAAGAAUCAGGCUUCCUUGAUCACCUGUGGGAAAUAAAAAUGGUAAUCAAGCACAUCUUUACUCUCUGGUUGUACAUCCCCACCCCCCGACAGACAGAAUAGGUGUCCAUUCAGUCUUCUGUUUUUGCCAGUGCAUUUAAACUUUCCAAAUAAUUACCUUUUACAGAAUUACAACUAAACUUGUAUUUUGUUUUGUUUAUCUCCAGCAAGAAUAUAUGGAAGUACAAUCACUGAGGAAAUGUGACUAUUUUAUCCUGGGUAUUACAAAAUUGCAAAGUAACUAUAUAUUUAUUCUUAUUACAGUUGGUCGUAUCAUAUUUCAACUUUUCUCUGAUGUGUGUCCAAGGACUUGCAAAAACUUUCUCUGCCUAUGUACAGGAGAAAAAGGAAUUGGAAAAACAACUGGGAAAAAGCUCUGCUACAAAGGCUCCACAUUCCACCGUGUGGUUAAAAACUUCAUGAUACAAGGAGGAGACUUCAGUGAAGGUAAUGGAAAAGGAGGUGAAUCUGUUUAUGGAGGAUAUUUUAAAGAUGAAAACUUUAUUCUGAAACAUGAUAGAGCAUUCCUUUUGUCGAUGGCAAACAGAGGGAAACAUACCAAUGGUUCCCAGUUUUUCAUAACUACAAAGCCUGCUCCUCAUCUUGAUGGUGUACAUGUUGUCUUUGGAUUGGUUAUUUCUGGUUUUGAAGUAAUAGAACAAAUAGAAAAUCUGAAAACUGAUACUGCCAGUAGGCCAUAUGCAGAUGUGCGAGUUAUUGACUGUGGGUUGCUGGUUACAAAAUCGGCAAAGGAUGCAUUGGAGAAGAAGAGAAAGGUGUCUGCUCACUCAAAAGCUUCAGAUACUUCCACCAGCAGCUCGUCUACUUCAUCAGAAUCAUCAUCUGACAGUGAAUCUGAAAGUGAGAGAAGUAGGAAAAGGAAACACAAGAGGAGAAUGAAAGCUAAACAGUCAAGGAAGCGACGAAGGGAAGAGAAGAAAAAGGAGGAACCCAAGAACAAACGGGCAUCAAGCCAAAGAAGCCAUCCUAACAGAAGCGAAGAAAAUGAAAAAGCAGUGGACUCAAAUGCGAAGAGGGACAAGCCCGUGGUCCGUCCUGAAGAAAUUCCUCCAGUUCCAGAAAACAGAUUUUUGCUCAGAAGAGAUGCACCAGUUAUAAAUACAGAGCCUGAGCCGAAGCUGCUUGAUGUAGCCCCAGUUUUGAAUGACCAGAAGCCUUCAGUAUCUAAAUCUGGAAGAAAAAUCAGAGGGAGAGGCACAAUACGAUACCAUACACCUCCUCGUUCUCGCUCAUGUUCAGAAUCUGAUAAUGAUGAGAGCAGUGAAACUCCUCCACACUGGAAAGAAGAAAUGCAGAGGUUAAGAGCCUACAGGCCACCCAGUGGAGAAAAAUGGAGUAAAGGAGACAAGUUGAGUGACCCAGGAAGGUGGGAUGAAAGAAGUCUGUCUCAGAGGUCAAGGUCAUGGUCACAUAAUGGCUAUUCUGACCUAAGUAGUGCUAAAUACGGUCGCCACCACAAGAAACACCGGAAAGAGAAAAAGGCAAAGCACAAAAAGAAGGCCAAAAAGCAAAAACACUUCAAGAAGCAGAAGCAGAUUAAAAAGAAGAGGUUAUCUACUUCAACAGAGAAAGAAUCUUCUCGUUCUUCUGCUAGAAGGACAAAAUCGCCUUGUGAUCGUGAGAGGGUGCCCCGCUCUUCCUCACUUUCUUCUAGAGAUGACUCCUCCAGAAGGGACUGGUCUAAAUCUGAUAGAGAUAAGCAGAGCUCAUUGUCCCCGUCAAGCAGGGACUCCCGGUCAUACUACAGGUCUAGAACCAGAUCCAGAUCCAGAACCAGAUCCAGAUCUUAUUCCAGAAGAAGUUCUAGGUCAAGAAUGGCUUUUAAGUCUUCUCAGUCUAGGAGCAGAUCAAGAUCUAGGUCCAGUUCCAAGCAUCUUAAGAUGGUGUCCAGUUCACCAAAAAAUGUUGCAGCUCGUUUAAAUGAAUUCAAGCCUGUUGCAGUCGAACCUGUCAUGGCAGCAUUGCCACAAAAUGAUAAAGUUGUGAUACAGCCCGUUGUUGCCGAAAGCAUUCCGGUCAUAUCACUUAGUGACAGUCCUCCACCUUCUAGAUGGAAACCUGGGCAAAAGCCUUGGAAACCAUCCUAUGAGCGAAUUCAGGAAAUGAAAGCAAAGACCACUCACUUGAUGCCUACUCAGACUACCUACAGUUUAGUAAGUGUCAAAGAUACAAGCACAUCCUCUUCAUACCGUAAGCGACGAAAAAGUUCAGAUAGUGACCGCAGUGAUUAUUCAAAAAAUCACAGUGAUAGAAGCUCAGAGAGUUGGCGAAGGUCGAGGAGCAGGACAUCUCGAAGUAGAUCCUACUCCAAGUCUUACAGCAGAUCAAGAAGUCCAUCCAGCUCAAGAUCUCGAUCAACUGUUAGAUCCCAUUCAGUGCAUAAAUUCCCCAGUGACCGGUCAUGCUACAGUGGGUCGUCAUCUUAUUUUUCUCUAAGUGAGGAUGACCGACAGAAAAGCAAAACGAAAGAAAGUGGGCACUUGUCAAAGAAGAGACAAAGCAGUUCUGAAAGUACUCUUCUAUAUGCAAAAGAUGUGGCUUCUCAGAAGCACAGGGAGAGUGUGAGUAGAUCCUCUUCGGACUUCUCCACAGAUAGUGAGCAGGUGACGAAACCACAGCCAGUGCAAGAAAAAGGGCCAUUACAGCAAGAAAAAGCAAGCCGGAAGCGAAAGAGAAGCAGCUCUGCUUGCGAUGGGAAUGAAGAAAAGCCUGGGUCUGAGUGGGGCAGUGACCAUUCAAAAAAAAGACUUUUGGAGGAGAAACUGAACUCCCCAAGAAGUGGUCGAAAAGCAAAAAGGAAAACACGUACCGAUAGUAAAUGGGACUCUGAAUCAAAUUCAGAAAGAGGUGGAAACAGGAACUAUAAGGAAGAUUCAAGAUUGUCUUCUAGCAAGGAGGAAGGUGAAGCCACAUCAGACUCUGACACAGAUCUCAGCCUCGCCAAGUGCAAGACAAAGUUGGAUUCCUCCUCGGGUACACUCAAGACAAGCAAGCAGUUCUCCCCUUCUGAGACGGAGAGCUCCCAUUCCAAUUCUGGGGCCAGGGGAAAAUCCAGAAAGCAAAAGCAUGGCUCCAAAAAGAACCUCAAAAAGGCACAUUCCAAAAAAGCGAAGGAGAAAUCCAAGGGUAAAAAAGAAAAGAAGCAUAAGGCCCAAAAACAAAAGGAAACAUUUCACUGGCAGCCGCCUCUGGAGUUUGGAGAAGAGGAGGAGGAGGAAGAGGUCAUAGCUGUAAAGCCACGCACCAAGGAUGACAGAGAGAAGCCAGUCGUGACAAAAGCAGAUAAAAAGCAAGAUCAGGAUUCUGAAAACGAUAAAAUGCUCCAGGACCAAACGGGGAAUGACAAAAAGCUCAGUGAAGAGAAUAAAACUGUAGGCCAUGCAUCACCUGCUGUUAAGAAAGUUUGUAAAGUUAAUGGGGAAGAGGGAACAUCAGCACAUGCUCUAAAUUCAGAAAAACAUACGGAAAUUUCGGAAAGCGCUGGUGCUGCCAAAGUAAAUAAUGAAAAUGAGGUGGAUGUUACCCAGGUGGAUGACAUGGAGAUUUGCACUCCAGAGCAUAAUUCACCCGUGAAGGUUGAUGUGGAACUUUCUCCAGUAAGUCUGAAGCUGAACUUGCAAGACAUUAGAGUUAGUAAGAGCACAGAUGUCCCAAGUAGCUCUGAAGCGGAGAGUGCAAAACCAGGACUUGAUGCUAGAGAAUUGACUGGUAGCAAAGAAGGCAACACACUGAGAGAGAAACAGAGACCUAAGCCUGUCACAGCCAUUGCUGCUGCUGUGGAAAGCGUGCUGAAGACUGAGCUGGUGGAAAAUCCUCAGAGCAGCGUAGCUGAUAAUAAAUGGAAACCGUUACAGGGAGUAGGGAACCUGCAGGCUGUAGCUCCGGCAGCUGCUAGCAAUCCUCCCGAAGCCAAAAGUGUGGCCUCAUCGUCUGAGUCAAAGCCACAAGGUUUAAGAAUAGAAAUUAAAAGCAAAAACAAAAUUAGACCAGGCUCCCUGUUUGAUGAAGUUAGGAAGACUGCCCGGCUGAAUCGGAGACCAAGGAACCACGAGAGCUCUAGUGAGGAGGAUUCUCCCGCACGGGAAAACAGCCAGUCAAGGAGCCAUAGCCGGUCACGAAGCAAGUCGGGCCCCAAAUCCAGGCACCGAGCAAGAUCCCAUUCAUACAGUCACUCCAGAAGUCGAUCAGGAAGUUCCACCUCUUCUUACAGGUCACGGAGUUACACACGAAGCCGGAGCAGAGGAUGGUACAGCAGAGCCCGCUCAAGAAGUCGAAGUAGUUCUUACGACAGUUGCAGAAGUCACAGUCGCACUUAUAGUAGAAGUCGGUCCAGAAGCAGCUCUUACGAUCACCACAGUCGAUCAAGCAGGUCCUAUACCUAUGACAGUUACUACAGCAGGAGCCGUAGCCGAAGUAGAAGCAAAAGGAGUGACAGUUACCACAGAUCUCGCAGUUAUGACCGACGGUCCAGAUCCUACGGCUCAGACAGUGAAAGUGAACGCAGUUAUUCUAACAACCGAAGCCCCAGUGAAAGCAGCAGAUACAGCUGAAAUCCAUAACCAUUGGAAAUAUGGACUGUAUUUAACAGGGGUUUUCCCCCGUCAGUACUGUGCAGACCCAUUUUUCUCAGUAUUCCCAAGUAAAACUGACAGAUGCCUAGCGAGGUGAGGCCUUACAACUUCUGAGCACAACUUUUUCAUAUGCUGUCUUCUGAAUCCUGGAGUUAGGUUCCUCAGUCAUGAGAGAUUUGGAUUUGCAGAUACCCUUAUGUAUUGAGAGAGGCCUGAUGUGUCAGAAUUACCUCUAGGGGAUAACAAAUGGCUUUCUCAAAAAUACGCUGGCAGCCAUGAGACUGUGAAGGAGGAGGAGAAUACUGUUCCGAGAACUACCUUCUUUGUAGUUACCUUAAAAGCUUGUAUCAUUUCAGUGGCGACCUGUAUGUACAUGGUAUAAGCCUUUACACGAGCGGAGGUGGAUAAAAAGGUUUAAGGCAGAUAUUUCUGUCUUUCUGCCGUACAAUAUCUAAUACUUGGGUUCAGGUGCAAAGCUUCGCAUCUGUUUCUUGGAAAAAGUUAAAAAUGUAUAAAGGUGUAUGCUAAGCCUCAAAAGAUGAUAGUAUAGAGUUCUAUUUCAAUUCUGUAUCCAUGCUAUAAGAAUGUAAGAAUAAUGUUGCACCCUGGAUUUGUAAAAGCUGACCUAAAGAGCCUUUGACAUUCUUAGUCAUGUCUUUGAACACUGGAAAUAGUUUCAGUGGGGACUUUCUGACCACACACCCUUCAGUGAAUGAGGCUUGUACAAGAUAAUUCGAUGCUUGAUUUUUCCCACUGGCUUCAGAAUACCACCAGGUAUUUAUACUGUUAAGAUUUUAUACUGUAGGUAUAAAACAAAGGAAGACAUGGGAGUUCAUUUUCAGGGUUCAGCACCAAAAAGAGUCUCAAUAGUGACAGCAAACUGUUUGUAAAUGGGUUUACAAACACUCAUUUUCAAUUCAAAAGCACUGUAUUUCUUCCAGUGCUUUGAUUCAGCAGUUAAAGAAUUGUUUGUAAAUGAACAUUUCAGUGUAAACAAAUUUUCAUAUGAAAUAGCGACAUUUUCUAACAGCAGAACUAGCACUUCUGAUAACUGGGUGUGACAGCAGAGGGGGAAAUGCUGUCUGUAACUGUAGUCCUAAUACUGAAUUUAACUUUCUAUUAUUUUGAAAUGCUGUACAUUUCUUAAAUGUUAUCAAAUUGGGAUUUUUUUUGUCAAGAGCUAACAGCUGUACAUUUGAAAAUGUGAUUCCCCCCCCCAUUGCAAUUAAAAAUAUAAACCAUUAAGUAUAUUGGAUAUUGGUCAUUUGGUGCUCAUCAAACUCAUGGCAUCCUCCAUUACCUCAAAUGCAAACCUGGGUUGAUAGAACUGAGAUUGUUUUCAAGCUUAUGCGACUUAAAGAGAUUGGGUUACAUCAAUUAUUUAAUUCAGUCAUUUAAUUCAAACCAGCUAUUUAAUUUAUUUUAACAAUAAUAAUAAUUGUAAACUUGGCCUAUAUGUCAAUGGCAAAACAACUUUUAUUUAUUAUUUUGUAGGCUGCUAUAGAUCCCUAAACUAAUACUCAUGUACUGAAUACUCGUGUACUGAAAAGGAUUGUACCUAAUCGUCCCAGUUAGCCUCCAUAUAUCUUGAGCAAUCACUGAAUAUAGUGUUGCUUCUCCCUGUAAUAAAGCUGAAUGCAUCCAACCACUAUCUGCAAGACUUACCGUAGCUCAGUGCAGAUCCUGAGAGCUCGUGAACAGACCUCGCAAACUGGCAUUUGCGAGGGCAUUUAGCAGAGGAAGCCCAGAUUUCUGUCUCUUGGUGUGCAUAGGACCAGAGACAUGGAGGGCGAGGGGUCUGCUGCAGUGACCUGUUACUCGGUUGGGAGAGGCACUGCACUGCGCCUCUCCCAACCGGAGCUCCUAUGCCGGCUCUUGCGAGCUGCGGAGGGACCAGCAGCGAGAAAGGGCUCCUUUCUCGCCGCUGCCUCUUGCACAGGCAGGCAAAGGAGCCGCCAUUGGGGCUCCUGCACUGCUUCCAGAAUUGGAGCCUUUCACCAGGGGGGUGGGGCACUUCUAAGUGGCAGAAGGUCUUGGAAGCAGCAUAAGGAUAUGUGGUCAGAAAGGAAAUGGGGAGACUCGAGCAUUUUUGCAUGUAACUGAAUGCACCAAAGGUGUGCUUUAGAUCAGGCAUCCCCAAACUGCGGCCCUCCAGAUGUUUUGGCCUACAACUCCCAUGAUCCCUAGCUAACAGGACCAGUGGUCGGGGAAGAUGGGAGUUGUAGGCCAAAACAUAUGGAGGGCUGAUUUUGGGAAUGCCUGCUUUAGAUCCUAGCCCUUCAUCAUGAGAUCUUGGGGUGCUUCACAGGAUAGAAUACAAGAUACAAACACAAGUAAAUAAUUAAAACAAAACCAGCAAAACGCCACCAGCAGAUUCCAAUCUUCUUGUCCUUCCGAGUACCCACUGUUUCCCAUUGCUAGAUCUAAUAAUCGUGCUAUCAGUGGCUGUCAUGCUCCAACAGCAAGCUAGAUAAGGAACCACACUAUGAGCAACAGCACUGGAAAGGCAAGAGCUGUUUUACAUGCCAUGUGGAACAGGAUGUUGGCCAAGGUGGUAGAAUUCUGGUGGUACCACUUCAGUCACCAGCUUGGAGGGUUGUAUUUUUGAAUGCUCCCAUGCCUAUAGUAAAACACCAACAUUGGAAAAUGAGGUUCAACUAGCCCAGGAGUGGGAAACCUCUGGCCUUACAGAUAUUGUUAGGCUCCUGACUCUAAGCAGCCCCAAUCAGCAUGGCUCCAAGCCUUUUCCUGAUGUGCUAGCUAGGUUAUUGCAGUCAGUGCUGUUUUAAAUGCUAAUAAAAACCUGCAGAAGUAAAACCCACCACCACAAUCUAUCUGGCCUGAACGCCAGGUUUUCCAAGUUCUCGGCUGAUGUUUACAAGCACAAUGUGGCAGAACUUUUAAGCUUUCAGCCAGGGUUCCACAUGGUUGGCUUGCUUUAAUAAUUCUGUACCACCCCUGGUUGCCUUAGUCAUUUGCUCUUCUACUCUGAAUGUAGCCUAGUGGAUCCGAUCAUGAGGGUGGAAAAAAUGUGUAUGCUCCAUAUGGCACGUCCCUCAUUCUCCAAAGCACUUCUCAAAUCCGUUGAAAGCUUCUGCCCGCAAAUGAAAUAUUCAGUGUGGAUUCGAACAAGCCUUGUUAAUGCUGUUCAAUAACCAAGCAACGCUGUACAAUAUCUCAUCUGCAUUUGUUUGUUGAGGUUUGGGGCCUUUCUGCUUUUCCCAAGAGCAGCCCAUGCACUAGCUGAAACUAUUUAACAUGCACUCUCCUUCCCAGAGUGGUUAUACGGAGAGCCUGUGUGGUGUAAGUGUUCAAGAGUGCUUGGACAAGGUCCAAGGAGACCCAGAUUAAAAUACCAACUCUGGCACAAAACUUCCUGGGUGACCUUGGGCCAAAUGCCACUUCUCAACACACCUCAGGGAUGUUUUGCAUGCAAUAGAGCCCAGGUUCAGUCCCUGGCAUCUUAAAGUAGGAUUGGGAAAGAUUCUUAUUUGAAUAUUAGAGGUAUCUGCCUCUAAUAUUCCACAUGUGCUGCGUCAGGAAGAUUUGGGGCAUCACGUGGCAGGACAGAGUCUCAAACACAGAUGUGCUCCCCAAAGCCCACAUUCCCAGCAUGUUUGCACUCCUCUCUCAGCGACACCUGCGGUACGUUGGCUUGGUCAUGUUCACAGAAUGGAAGACGGCAGGAUCCCCCCCAAAGAUGUGCCCUAUGGGAGACCAACUCUGUUUUACAUAGAUGUCUGCAAAUGUGAUGGGAAGACCGGCAACUUCAUCCCUGCCAUAUGGGAAUCCCUUGCAGACGACCGCAGUGCCUGGAGACAAGACAGGUUGUGUAUCCAUAGCAGUGACCAGAGGACGAAUUACCGCUGGGAGGAGCGCAGAGAGAAGAAACGCCAUGGUGCAUUUCAUUUGCCCCAGCUGCAACAAAACAUGUCUCUCCCAUAUUGACCUCUAAAACCACAGCAGGAGUUCUAACUCCCAGCGGUUUGAUGGAUGCCAACGGCUCUCUCAUCCUUCAGUAUUUGUGAAGCUGGCUAGAUCAGGUCCAUAGCCUGUGGGGAGGGUUUGGAAUGGGCUGAAGAGGUUGGUGCCUCUCAAGGAAAUUCCAGGCAGCCCUCCCUGAAUUCUAGGUAUUAAGUACAAAGAUAAAAAGCAAAAGAGUCUAUCUUUUGCCCUUUAAAAAAAAAGGCGAUAGAAGGUGAAACACGCAAGCAGAAUUCUCCCAUUGCUUGGUAAGAAGAAAACCUUCCAACAUUCUGGCCAAUCAGUGCAAUAGCAAUGAGAUCAUUCAAAGACAUUACAGCAGGUUCUCCAGAUGUGAGGUUGCAGCAAUAUUGAGUGAGAGGAGUGGUACAGCGUAAGAUAGCAAUCCUACAUCCCCUUUUAGGAAAAUAAGCUAACUACAGCUACAACAAAGGGCAGGCAGAAUGGAGGUCCUGGCAGGCCACGUUGCUUGUCUGAAAAAAAAUGUGUCCUUUAAAAAAAAAAGCACGCACGAUAUGCUUGCAUGAGGUAUGGUAUCUGAAGAAGUGUGCAUGCACACAAAAGCUCGUACCAAUGACAAACUUAGUUGGUCUCUAAGGUGCUACUGGAAGGAAUUUUUUUAUGAGGUAUGUAUGUAAUCAACAACAAACUGGCCAGAAAGUGGAACGGUCCCAUCUCCGUGCACCUUUAGGGAGCCUCAAAAGAACUGGGAGUGCGUCGUAAGAAGUAAAUAAAAUUCCCUGCGAGAUCAAGCUACCUCCCUUGCCCACAGGCGAAGGUGCUGUUCUCAUCUUCUGCCUUCCCAUCACCUGCUGUAAUUGUGCUGGGUCUGUGUGUCUUGGAUAUUGGCAGUUUCUCAAGCAUAGAUAAUAAGGAUUUAGAAAAAUAAAUUGGGCAGGGGAGGGAGCUCUGGAACUUGUGUUCGCUUCGAGGAGAAUGUCUUGGCUGCGUACCUGAAGCCUGCUGUUUCCAGCAGCUGGUUGGUACAUCUCUGUAGCAGCCAAAAGUAAUGUGUACAGUAACUAGGACGCAGGCUGCUGUUUUUCCUGAAUGCGGGAGACGAAAGCAAACUCCUUCCAACCUUACACGAUCGUUUUAUCUGUUGUGAGCAAAGGGCGGCUCUCGUGCAGACAAUUGCUUUAUUGUGCUCAAUUAUGGAGAGUUCCCAGUAGUGUGUGUGUUGCUUAGAAAAGGCAUUGUCCUCCGUGUUUCACCUGCAAUAUUCUUCUCGAUUAGGAGACUGUAGUACAAAGGAAGUGGCUGGAGGGACAAACCACAUCAACUCCCAUCUCUCUCCUCCACUUCCUCUGGGUUGUAGAGUGAUCGCCUUUCUUUAAAAGUUGCCUGGCACAGGUCAGGCCUGGAGAACAUGGUACCCUUCUGGUAUUUUUCACCAUCCUUGACCAUUGGCCAUGCUGACUGGGACUGAUGGGAGUUGGAGCCCAAAUACACCUGGAACCCAAUCCCUGUCUUAAUUUGUUCCCUCCAUUUGCUGGUGCUUCUCAGGGCCUUUCAUGCACCAAAGACAGGGAACAUGCAGCCUCACAAAUGUUCUUGAACUCCAUUUCUGAGCAGCAUUUAAUAUUUGUUUUGUUGCAUUUCUAGCCCACCGUUUUCACCAAGGAGCUCAAGGUAGAGCACAUAUUUCUUCCCCCGCUCCUCAUUUAAUCCCCACAACAACCCUAUGAGGUAGGCCGGCCCAGGGCCACCCAGUGAGCUUCAUGGCCUAGUGGGGAAUUGAACCCUGGUCUCGCAGGCGGAGUUGGGGAUGGUGAGAGUCACAAUCCAACAACAUCCAUAUACCACCAGGUUCCCCACCCUUGGGCUACACCAUGGGUAGGUGUAAGAGGAAGGGAGUACAGGGAACCCCCGCCUCUAAUCAGGAGCAGCUCAUCGACUAGUAGCCAUGAGAGUGGAGACUUGGCAGAGGCAAGGCAGGAAAUAGGAAGAGGGGACCGGGGCUCUGACAGCCUGGGAGAGCAUGAGCCCCACAGCCAGGAACAGAGGGAGGAGAGCAGGGGGGGGGAGGGAAAACAUGGAGCGCAGACCUUUACCCCCGGUUCCGGAAUUAAGGAAAAGACGGAAAGGGAGGAGACUGUCCGUCCCGCGCCUUUUAUGUUGGAAAAGGGGGCGCAGGGGGGCAGUCCCGGAUUCUGGAUCGGACUGAGAAGACAUGCUUCCUGACACCCCGUUACACUGUACAUAGAGCGCACCAAUAAAGAUUGUUUAAAGACAAGCAGGUGCAGAGUCGUUACUCUAGAGUAGCCGCAACAACCUCUGACAGUAGGCCCAAAUACCAGAUCUGGCCCGCAGACGGUCCAGGAAUCAGCGUGUUUUUACAUGAGUAGAAUGUGUCCUUUUAUUUAAAAGCAUCUCUGGGUUAUUUGCGGGGCCUGCCUAGUGUU